CCUCUCAGCGUCGCUGAGUGGACGAAGGAAUUCUUGCCAUCUCGCGAGACACCAAUCAAACUCGACCCCGACGCCUUACCAGAUAGUCAUGAUGCACUGGCAUUUGAGGACUACAUCACAAGGAGUGGGGUCUGUGCCACCGUCUUCCCUCGCGCCACACUCGGUGUGCACGGCAAGGAUCACACGACAAACACCUUCCUAUCCGCCGACUUUUCGAUCCUCUCGAAGAAUUUUGUUUUUGAUCACGACAGUCGUGUCGUACGCGACGAGCUCUUGGGCUGCACACUCGCCUUCGGCGACAUCGUCCCCGAGAAAUACGACCCAUGCCCAUUCGCCGACGGAAAGCCGGACACAGAAGACGCCGCCUACACGCGUGGGCGGCUCGGUGCGAUCAUGCGCGCUGUCGCCGUCAACUCACACCGCACCUUCUGCUUCGCCUUCGUCGUUAUGCCCGAAUUCGCUCGCCUACUACGCUUCGACCACGCCGGGAUCGUCUACACGGAACUCUUUCCCUGGCGAACAUCUGGCGACCUACUUCACUUCUUGAAGGCUUUCGACUGUAUGUCACCAGCUCAACGCGGUUGUGAUACCUCGGUGUCGGCGAUUGCAGCGGAUUCCGAGGAGGCCGUGCAAGCGAAGGAGAUUUUAGCAGGUUCGGAUGCACUCCCGGACGACGUCCCCAAGACCUCCGUUAUUCCCAGCGGGCAUGACGGCAUGUUGUUCUUGAUCAACGUCUAUGACGACGAACAGCAAACCUAUCACCGUGUGGUCGUGCACCGUCCAAUCCACUCGGUUGAGUUCUACGUUGGCCGUUCCAUGCUCGGUUUCUACGGCGUGGACCUGGACGAAAAAAUUGUCGUAUACGUGAAGGACGCGUGGCGCAUAGCUUCGCCAACAGCAGCGCCAGAGGCCGCCACAUACCGGCGCUUAAAUGGGCACCACGUGCCAUAUCUCCCCGGCUUCUACUUCGGCGGCGAUGUACCAGAAGAGUCUGCAGCGCCUCAUGCAUCCAGUGGAUCGCCUGCAACUCCUGUACAUAGCUCGUGCUCCGAACGAUUCUUGAAAGAUCGCGAGGCGCGUCUUCUGCGAUCGCCGGGCAUCAAUAACGGACUGCACGCCCAUGUCCAUCACCGCCUUCUCUUCAAGAAGAUUGGGCGUCCGUUGAAAUCGUUUGGAAGUACUCUUCAACUUUGCACAUCGCUCAUGCACGGCCUUCAAUCCCAUGGCGCAGCAUACGAGAUCGCAAGGAUUCUGCAUCGCGAUAUUAGUGGCGGAAACAUCUUAAUCGACAAGAACGGCGAUGGCAUGCUUAUUGAUUGGGAUAUGUGCGUGUGGCUAGAGAACAAGGAAGAGGUGGAGAAAGUCGAUCAGAAGAUCGGAACCUGGGCUUUCAUCUCUGCUGCCUUACUCACCAGCCACGAGACGCGGCCGCAUCUCCUCCGCGAUGAUCUGGAGUCAUUCGUCCACAUCCUCUUCUACCACGUCUUUCGGUACAGGCCUACAGCGCCAGCCGGCUCGUCCAAGCAAAAACAGAUAUACGCGAGUAUGAAGCGAGUCUUCGACACUGCGUUUUACACCGGCGGCGAUAUGCGCGGCGGACACGACAAAGCGUGUUACCUUUACGACGCCUUGCACUUCGAGUCGUCUUUGUUACGCGAAUGCGUUCGGCCGGAGCCGCUGCGGAGGCUCAUGACGACUGCGCGCAAUGUCUUUUCCCCUCUCUACGUGCCGAAACCAUAUGUUGAGGAGGAAGAUGAAGAUCUAUCCGAUGAGCUCGAGAAGUUGGAGGACUGGCAGAAGGAGCACGACAAGGCGCUAGGCCGCUUGGAGACGCCCGAAUAUUUUAUCUCUGUGUUUCGCAAGUGGACCCAGGAGUACGAUCGCCAACGGUACCAGUGGGCGUCGGGCGAUGGUGCUGUUGAUCAGUAUCACAGGCCGGAUCCAGAUCCCAUCACUCCCUCGCAUUCGGGUCACAGUCAUAAGCGUUCUAUCGACGCUGUUGAGGAUGAGCCCCAACCCGCUGUGAAGGCGCGAAGAGGAGCUUCACACACAUCUGCUGGACAAUCAAGCCGGGCGUCCGUGCGAUUACGUUGA